AUGGUCACCAACCACGCCUCACACGAUCGCUUGCAGGCCGUCACCGCAGACGAGCCAAGCAUUAGCAAACAUGAGGGGCCCGAACAGCCAACCGCUGAAGAGAAUGAGCAUUGUGCAAUAGGUAAAGGCGGUGCGCCAGUCAUGCGCUCAAAGGAGGAUGACCUUUCUGUAUGGCAGACGGUGAGGCGAUAUAAAGUCGUCUCGGUCGUUGCAAUGGCUGCGGCGUUCAGUGCCGCGCUAGAUGGUUACCAGAUCAACCUCAAUGGUGGGCUCGUUUCCAAUGAGGGGUUCAUCCGACAGAUGGCGAGCCCUGGAACCACGAUCAUCGAAGGCCAGUAUGUCUCCGCUUGGAGUGGCAUUCAGUCUUCUGGCCAGGCGGUUGGCCAAAUUAGUAUAUUCAUUGAGUCAUUUGCUACCCGGUGGGAUCACUGGCUCGUGGCGAAACUCUUCUCGGGCAUGGGAGUCGGCAUGCUGCAAUCGACAUUGCCUAUCUAUCUGUCGGAGAUAGCCCCGACCCAGUUAAGGGGAUUCUUCAUUAAUGCAUACAGCUUUUGGUUCGUGGUGGGACAAAUAUUCGCCUCAGUGGCUCUCAACCGACUUCAUGCUAUAAGCCCUUUGGACUUCCGAACGCCCAUCUAUACACAGUGGGCUAUGGUCGGAGCAACAAUUAUUAUCUUCGUCAUCAUGCCCGAAACCCCGUGGUGGCUCGUCAGUAAAGGAAAGCUUGAUAGGGCCGCAGAGAUCCUUACGACCUAUAACGGCCGCGUUGAGGGUUAUGAUGUGUCUGAACAAAUUUGCGAAUUGCAGGAGAUCAUGAGCGCCACAGUCGCCGAGGAGCGCCGGAUUGCUGAGCGAGACUCGCAGGAAGGGAUGUGGGCAGUUUUCCAGGGCCGCAACUUCAUCCGGUUCGUGAUUGCUGGAUGGCCAAAGGUCACCCAGCAGUUUGUCGGGCUGGCAGUGUUUAACUCCAACGCUACCUAUUUUUUUCAAUAUGCGGGUAAUAAAGACCCUUUCUUGGUCACCGUCAUCCUGUCCUGUGUUCAGCUCCUCUCCAUGAUCAUCACAGCCAUGCUCACCGACCAAAUUGGCCGUCGACCACUCACCGUCUAUCCCUAUGCGGUAACGACUCUAUCAGUGCUAUGCCUUGGAAUAAUCGGCUGCUUUGAUUACACUCAGAAGUCUACAAGCUCGCUUCUAGUCUUUUUCGCCUGUCUCGCUACGUUCACAACCACCGGUGCCUCGUCAAUUGGUUACGCCUACGCUGCAGAGAUCCCCCAGCAACGCCUGCGUGCUCAAACUGCAGGCUGGUCCCUUGCGGCGUCCAAUUUAAUCGCGCUCAUGUUCAGCUUCUGCACACCGCUGAUGAUCAACGGACCCCUUACAAAAUGGGGAGUCAAAACAGGAUUCUUUUUCGCGGGAACUGGUACGGUAGCUGUUAUCAUCGCGUGGUUUAUUCUCCCGGAGGUCACACGUCGGACACCUGCCGAGAUCGAUGAAAUGUUUGAGAAGAAGAUCAAUCUUCGCAAGUUCAAACACUAUGUUACUGACGUUCAGACCAAUGCUUUCGAACAACACGAGCUGGAGACACACACGCGUACAGCAUAG